UCAAACACAAUCAACAACUUCAUGUGCCAAAUAUCAAGUCUCCAGGCAGAGCUCAAGGCAUUGUCUAAGGCCCAGUCAGACACCAGUCAUAUUGUCCUGCAGAGGGAGGAUGAACUCUCAAAGAGCAGGAGGGAAUAUAGUGAUCUUAAACAAAAAUAUCAGGAAUCCUGUCAUCGAGAGAAAGAUUUAGAAAAGCGAUGGCGGGAGACUGAAGACAAAUUGUUAGAAGCCAGUAAUGAAUCUGUACAGAUAUCAUCAAAUCUACAAGAGGCUCAUGACUGGUUCAAGGUGAAGUUUGAAAGUCUUCAGGCUGACUUGAAGUCAUCUAAAGACAGCCAAUCAGAGUUAGAACGCGUCAAUGCAGAAAAAGACCACAUGUUACAGGAAGAGAAAUUUAAGGCAGAACAGAUGGCUAAGAGAGCUCAAGAAAUGAUAAGAAAAAGUCGAGAGACAAUUAGCAAACUGGCUGACUUUGCCGAGUCCUCACAGGAAGAAAUGAAUGUUACAAAACAAAACUUUAAGAAACAAUUACAAGCUGAGAGAGACCACUCGUGUUUUACAGAGAAAAAGUAUGCUCAAUUAAUGGAAUCUAGUGCAAGACAAAUGCAGGCAUUGACUCAGGAGCUAGACUUCAUUAGAAAACAUUCCCGAUUUAAUGAUGAAUGAUUCCAAGAUGUAAUGAUAAAAUGAGUCCAACAUUUCAACAGUUGUGCAAAAAAACAUUGACUUGUUUGAAGGGAUAAUGACAAUUUUGUUUAAAAUAAUGUUAAUUUCCAUAUCCGGGAAGUAAACCUAUUAUCAUGAUUUUUUGCAUUAAUAUCUGUUAGAUAUAUAUCUGGCAGUCCACUCACAAAGCAAAACAGAAAAAA